CUUUCUCAGAACAAUCAUUAUGAGUCCGUCAAGGUCGGUUUAUUUUCCUAUUUGCACCCUGCCAGCUGAGCUGUUGUUACUUAUAGGCGCCUGCCUGGACUGCUCAGCCUUGUGUUCUUUCCGUCUCACCUGCAAGGCCAUACAUGACUGCACCUUUCCUCUGUUUUGCAAAUACCUGGAAAACAUAACAACAGACCUGUCUCUUACAUCACUUCAAAAACUUGACUUGUUAUCGCGGAAUCAAGAACUGUGUUCCCUCGUCCAAACAUUAAGUAUCGAUGGCACAGAGAAGGAUAUCAUAGGAUCGGGACUUACGUGGGAACAUCACCGCUCUGGACUCCUUGUUGUUCCACAAGAAUCUAUUCAAAGGUGGCAAGGAGUCUUACUGCGCCUAGUGAAUUGCCAGAGUUUUCGUCUGCACAGAUGGAAUCCGCUUGAUGACCCCGACCCAUUCGACAAAACAACCCCUGAUGAUACUAUCACAGUCCUGCUCAGCAUUUUAAUCGCAAUAGAGCGUCCAAUACGAGAGCUUAGUAUUCUAUUCAAACGGCCAGGUUUCUAUUCGCUCGACCAUCUCGACUUGUCCCGCGUUCACAACGGCCUCCUCCACGACCCAAAGUUCAUCACUACGUGCUGUUCUACUCUGGAAGCCAUCACGUUCAAGUUUGAAGUGGAAGAAGAGGAAGAGGUUAACUUUGUGGUACAUUUCAUACACCAUGCAAAGAAUCGCUUAGAACGACUGACAAUUGAUUUUUCUUUUGGCGAAUGCGCGGCGCCUCUUAUGUUUCAAAUGUCUUUGACGACACGGCCUCCCCUGAGACUACAAGAGCUGCAUCUGAUGUGUGGCAACGUAGACUCAGACCAGGAUUUGAUCAGGCUUUUAUUCUCUUCCAAGCGGACCUUGGUCAAAAUACACAUCGGCUCUUUCACAAUUGGUUCUGGGGCGUGGGCAGCCAUUUUCAGGACUCUUUCCGAAUUCUCAUCACUCACCGAUAUCUCCGUGCGUCAUCUGAUGGGAUAUACGACGCAGAGGCAAUAUGGAAGGAUACAUUUUCCUGCGCUGUUGCGGGAUCCUAUCGUCGAUCCUGUGCUGGGGACAAAGUUCUCUUAUACUGUUACAGGGCGCCCAGAAAAACCGACAGUGAAGUUGGCUGAAUAUGCAACAUUUUUGCAAGGUCAGGACAGCAACUAA